AUGAGGCAAGCUUUUCCGGGAUUAUGUUUGCUUGUUUUUGCUCACCUUGUCCAACUAACCUCAGCUAUUGUCGUUCUCAAACCAUUUGCCAGGGAGUUCUCGGACCUUCCCGCCAAAUUUGCUAUUGCUGUCAAUAGCUCUGGUAUAUGUGGAGCUUUGCUUAUAUCAGACCCUUUGGACGCCUGCUCAUCUCUACGCAAUGGACUUCGACCAAACGAAACUGAUAAAACAAGGUUUGCUCUGAUAGUUAGAGGUGAAUGUGCUUUCAAGGAUAAAGUCCAAAAUGCUCAAAAUGCCGGAUUUCAUGGUGCUAUUGUUUAUGACGAUAGAGAUAAAGGCAAAUUGGUCUACAUGAUGAUAGAGAGUGUAAAUAUUACAAUUCAUGCUGUAUUUGUUUCGAAAGCAUCUGGUGAAGUGUUAAAGGAGCAUGCUCUGGGGGAAGAAGGGGAAUGCUGCAUCUUCCCAUUUCAAAAUGAAACAGCUUGGACGGUUCUAGCUAUAUCUUUUAUCUCAUUUCUUGUCAUAUUGGGUAUACUUAUAAUAGCCAUCUUUGCUCCGAGACACUGGCUCUAUUCUCAAGGAAGAAACCAGCUUCCUAAAAGUGUGGAUACCAAGAUUGUGGAAGCUCUACCUUGCUUCACAUUCAGUUCCAGUGGUUUGGGUGAAUGCCACAGUGAAGAUACUUGUGCCAUCUGCCUUGAGAAUUACAAAGAUGAGGAAAUUCUUAAAGUUCUUCCCUGCCAACAUGAUCAAAAGAAGGACCUGGUUGUAGUACAGUUAGUGAAUGGAAAAAAUGACCUGUCAAGCAUUGUUACAUCCAACCUUGUUUUAUCCUUGUCAGGGUUCCCUCCCGUUUAUUGUCCAACGGGGACAAAGUUUUGUGCCCCUGUAUAUUGUAUGAAGCUCGAGUGUAGUUUUGCCCCAGCCACUGCCAAAGCAGCAAGGGAACCCAUUGCUAACAGCUCUGCUCUUGAAUAG